UUUUUUUUUACUUAAGUCUGACAUUAGCACUGCACUCGUACAUGUUACGUAGACUGUUACGCAGUACUGUGCGUUGGUCUAUGGUCUACUAUACAGAGAUUUCGUAUAUGACACACGAAGUGAAAUAAGCAGCAAUAUUUGGGAGCACCGCGGCACAUUUCAAAGCAUUUUCUGUGCGUUAUUUGAAAAACGGAGUCGUGCGGUGAACGCCUGCGUGUCCCUUUUAAAACAAACCCAGCGCCUGUCAAUCACAGCGCAUUCCAGCCAAUCCCAAAGCUCCCUUUUUAAAAGCAGGUUUGCCUGCUGUGCUUUUAUUUUGCACCAUGGCCUGUUUCGAAGCAUUUUUACUACCACGGUUAUUGCCACAAAUCAAGAGGGCAAAGUGAACGGCAUGGGACUCACAUCAACUCUCACCAAAUUGAAUCUGGUUCCUACUCCUGCGACCUUCACGGCCAAGAAUUUCACAUGCAGAUGAUGUAGCCUGCAAGAGGGGGAACAUGGAAACAGAAAUUCUAGGUGUGUCCUGAUUGUGGAAGAGGGUGAUUUUGCAAACUCAGAGCCAAACUCACAACAUAACAUGACAAGCCUUUCGAGGUUUAGUGGCUGCCCUCUCUCUUGUGUCAACCCUGGGGAGAGCAAUACUGAACCCAGCGUGGUGCUGCCACCUUUGGCAGGAGAGCACAUGGGGCACCCCACUGCUAGUUCCUUAAAACUCUGCCCCUCUCACAAUUUGCGAGACUACCUCGAGACGAGGUCCAGUGCAUAUGUUGACCACUCGGUUCCCCAUUUUCCAGACUCUGGAUACCCCAGCCACCGGCUAGAGCACAGCCCUAGGGGCAUUAUCAUUGGAGCCAAUCUCUCUGGAGCCGGCAUGCCACCCGUCACUGACCAACUGGCAUCAAGACCCAACCAACAUGGCGGGAUUGGAAGGUACCGUGACUUCCAUGGCUGCAGGGACAGCAGGAGCCAUGCUUUUUUCACAAGUUACCAGGAGCAGGCCCACGCCUCCACCGACGUAUCCAGAGAACUGGGCGGCCAGAUGAUGCUGGGUUUACCGGGCGACUUCCUCACCCGGGCUCACCCUUAUGGCCAAGGAAUCAGCCCCAAGGGGAACAGCCAGCAGCUGGUCACACAGUUCCUGGGUCUGUACAAGCCCCUGAAUAUGGCACUUCAGCGAGGGGCAGGAGCAGGCGACGCUUUCCUCAGGUGCCCCAGACAAACAGUGAAGCACGAGCUGGUGUGCAAGUGGAGUGACGGCCCGGAGGGGCUCGGGAAGAUGUCCUGCUCCAGAGCCUUCGGCACCAUGUAUGAACUUGUCAGCCAUGUGACAGUGGAGCACGUCGGAGGACCAGAGCACUCCGAGUACGUGUGCCACUGGGAGAACUGUGCGCGGGACAGGAAGCCGUUCAAAGCCAAAUACAAGCUGGUGAACCACGUCAGAGUGCACACGGGGGAGAAGCCCUUUCCGUGCCCUUUCCACGGCUGCGAGAAAGUGUUUGCAAGAUCAGAAAAUCUAAAGAUCCACAAGAGGACUCACACAGGUGAAAAACCCUUUAAGUGUGAGUUCGAGGGCUGCAACCGACGGUUUGCCAACAGCAGCGACAGGAAGAAGCACUCACACGUUCACUCCAGCGACAAACCCUACAUGUGCAAGGUGAGGGGCUGCGACAAGUGCUACACCCACCCGAGCUCCCUCAGGAAGCACAUGAAGCUGCACUGCAGCAACAAGACGCACAAGAGCUCCGAGACCAGUCCCGCUAACGAAGAGGCUCGCGUCGAGUCCAGGUCGACCCGAGUCGACCAGGAGGUGGCCCACAUGAGCCCCACCAACACCGAUGUCCCCCUGUCCCCUGAGGUUCGAGAGCAGUCGACCCCGAGGUCACGCUUCCACCACUCUUUUGAGAACAGUCUGGACAGAAAUCCAGCGCAGCAGCAGCAGCACCACCAGCAUCAGCAGCAUCAGCAGCAUCAGCAUCAGCAUCAGCAUCAUCAUCAUCAUCAUCAGCAGCAGCAGCCCCUGCUGGACCCUCUGCUGCUACAGAGAGGCAGCUACAGGUCCCAGUCCUCCCAGUCCUCCCAGUCCUACCACUGCGCACAGACGGCGCACACCUUCGCCCAAAGCUCCAGGACUUUCCCUUCCACGUCCCACUUCCAGAAGAGCCUCGUGAACGGAUGGUACACGUGUCACAGCGGCGUGGGCUCUUUCCCACCCAAGCAGUGUCACAACAUCCCGUCUCUCUGAGUCCCUGUCCCCACACUUUAAUGGCCUUUAGACGGAACUGUCACCUGGACGUCUCAGCUCUUACCUCUUAUUGUACUCCCUGUAUUUUGCGAUCAUGGUAUCAGAUAUGUGUGACAUUUAUGGAGUUAUAUAUUGACUCUUUUUUUCAUUUUCCAAAUGCUUUAUUUGUUGUUGUUAUUGUUGUUGUUGUUGUUGUUGUUGUUGGGCCUGUUUUGCCUUAGAUUCAUCAAAAAGAAAAGUGCGUGCGAGUAAUGGUUGCCUGUGUUAUUAUAAAGCUAUAUCUUAAACAAGCGGAAAAAAAACGACAAAAGAUUUUUUUUAUAUAUAUAUACAUAUAUAUAUAUAUAAAAUCUGCCUUCUCAGUGUUUUUGGAACUUUAAACAAAAUGUAAAAGUCUUAAUGAAUGUAACCCAGAGCGCAGGGCUCAUUGUGAAUGUAAACAUAUAGGUGUAAUGUAUGUACACAGACUAUAUUCCUGUCUUUCUGUCUGUGGAAAUAAAUCUCUGAAUUAUCUCUCCUCCAGUCACGUGUUGAGAUCCGUUAAUGGGCCUGGAGCAGGACCUGUCUGAGCAGAACCGCAGCGAGGCUCAGUGGACUUUUCUGCUCCUUCCUUUUCUGCUCUCAUUUGUCUAAAACGUCGAUGUUUCCGUGCAGAGUUAGACCAAAAACGACUAGUAUUUAAACCGAUUCAUUGGCGUGUACACUUGUACUGUAAACACAACAGGCGACUACUGUAUAAUUAAUUGUUUAUUUUAUAUUUUAUUAAAGUCUCUAUAUUCCCUUUGUUCCGCCCUGUGUGAAUGGUCGCAGCCAAUCAGCGCGCACCGAUCACGAAGACAAAUCUUUCUUAUUUUAUUACAGUGAAACUUUAUACAUCUUCUCUUUUCCUUUUCUAUCCUCCCGUUAUUUGCGCGUUGACGUCUUUUUUGCGCCGAUUCUCUGCGCAGCCAGGUGUCACAUGUUUGUCACCGGGUCACGUGGCUCCUUCCUCUGCUCACAUGUUACUGUUUGAUCAUAUAUUCUGUUAUUUUACAUAGUCUCUCUCCCCCCUCUCUCACCUUGAAUGUGCUAACAGAACAAAAACGAACGUUUCAACCUGAGGUCACAUGCUUUACAGGGGCCAGAAUAUAUUUAUACUCCACUAAUAUAAAGGCUGAACAUAUGGACACCUGUGACCCUGGCUUCUUUACUGGGGCCAGUUUUCUUUAUUUGAAAUAAUGUGUAAACCUAAAAACUAAACAUUGUUUGAAUUUUUUCCACAUUA